CCCACACCCGCGCCCGCCGGGGCCAUGGCGAAGAAGAGCGCCGAGAACGGCAUCUACAGCGUGUCUGGCGACGAAAAGAAGGGCCCCCUGAUCGCGCCCGGGCCCGACGGCGCCACAGCCAAGGGCGAUGGCACCGUGGGCCUGGCCGUGCCGCCGCGCGAGACCUGGACGCGCCAGAUGGACUUCAUCAUGUCGUGCGUGGGCUUCGCCGUGGGCCUGGGCAACGUGUGGCGCUUCCCCUACCUGUGCUACAAGAACGGCGGAGGUGUGUUCCUGAUUCCCUACAUCCUGAUUGCCCUGGUGGGGGGCGUCCCCAUCUUCUUCUUGGAGAUCUCACUGGGCCAGUUUAUGAAGGCAGGCAGCGUCAAUGCCUGGAACAUCUGUCCCCUGUUCAAAGGCUUGGGCUUCGCCUCCAUGGUCAUCGUCUUCUACUGCAACACCUACUACAUCAUGGUGCUGGCCUGGGCUGUCUAUUACCUGGUCAAGUCCUUCACCGCCACGCUGCCCUGGGCCACGUGCGGCCACAGCUGGAACACCCCCGACUGUGUGGAGAUCUUCCGCCAUGAAGACUGUGCCAACGCCAGCUUGGCCAACCUCACAUGUGACCAGCUUGCUGACCGCCGCUCCCCUGUCAUCGAGUUUUGGGAGAACAAAGUCCUGCGGCUCUCCGGGGGGCUGGAAGUGCCGGGGGCCCUCAACUGGGAGGUGAUGCUGUGUCUGCUGGCCUGCUGGGUGCUGGUCUACUUCUGUGUCUGGAAGGGGGUCAAGUCUACAGGAAAGAUUGUGUACUUCACUGCGACAUUCCCCUACGUGGUCCUGGUUGUGCUGCUGGUGCGCGGCGUGUUGCUGCCUGGCGCCCUGGACGGCAUCAUCUACUAUCUCAAGCCUGACUGGUCCAAGCUGCAGUCACCUCAGGUGUGGAUCGAUGCAGGCACACAGAUUUUUUUCUCCUACGCCAUUGGCCUGGGGGCCCUGACAGCCCUGGGCAGCUACAACCGCUUCAACAACAACUGCUACAAGGAUGCCAUCAUCCUUGCUGUCAUCAACAGCGGGACCAGCUUCUUCGCUGGCUUUGUGGUCUUCUCCAUCCUGGGCUUCAUGGCAGCUGAGCAGGGCGUGCACAUCUCCAAGGUGGCCGAGUCAGGACCCGGCCUGGCCUUCAUAGCCUACCCUCGAGCUGUCACGCUCAUGCCAGUGGCCCCACUCUGGGCAGCCCUCUUCUUCUUCAUGUUGUUGUUGCUUGGUCUCGACAGCCAGUUUGUAGGUGUAGAGGGCUUUAUUACUGGCCUCCUGGACCUCCUCCCGGCCACCUACUACUUCCGCUUCCAAAGGGAAAUCUCUGUGGCCCUCUGCUGUGUUCUCUGCUUCGUCAUUGACCUCUCCAUGGUGACUGAUGGCGGGAUGUACGUCUUCCAGCUGUUUGACUACUACUCGGCCAGCGGUACAACGCUGCUUUGGCAGGCCUUCUGGGAGUGUGUGGUGGUGGCCUGGGUCUACGGUGCCGACCGUUUCAUGGACGACAUCGCUUGCAUGAUUGGGUACCGGCCGUGCCCCUGGAUGAAGUGGUGCUGGGCUUUCUUCACUCCAUUGGUCUGCAUGGGCAUCUUCAUCUUCAACGUGGUGUACUACAAGCCGCUGGUGUACAACAACACCUAUGUGUACCCGUGGUGGGGCGAGGCCGUGGGCUGGGGCUUCGCGUUCUCCUCCAUGCUUUGUGUGCCCCUCCACCUCCUGGUCUGCCUCCUCAGAGCCAAGGGAACCAUAGCUGAGCGCUGGCAGCACCUGAUCCAGCCCGUAUGGGGGCCCCACCACCUGGAGUACAGAGCUCAGGACUCGGACGUCAGGGGCCUGACCACCCUGACCCCAGGGUCGGAGAGCAGCAAGGUGGUGGUGGUGGUGGUGGAGAGCACCAUGUGACAGCGGCCCUCCUCUCCAGCCAGGCUGGCCAGCUUUCAUCACCAGCCCCCUUCUUGUAGCCAUAGCAGCCCCUGCUUUAGCCCCCACCCUAGCCCUCCAUGGAGGGGUGGGGGUGCCUGCCUCUCCUUGACAGUUUGGGGGUCUGCCUGGGGUGGGGGGAGGGGAAAGCACAGUGAGUGCUAAAAUAAUUUUUCCAUUUUUAAUAAAACGCCAAAAAUAUCACAACCCACCAAAAAUAGAUUCCUCUCCCCCACCCAUUCUUGUCAGCAGUCCAGCUGGCACACAUGCUGCUUCCCAGGCCCUUCCCUCCCUCUGGGUACUCUGAAGGCCCUGCUCACUGGCCUGGGGCCCCUGCCUCCAGGUUCUGCCCUGCAGUUCUCUGCUCUGGGGACCCCAUCGUCCAGAACCAGCAAAAGCCACCUGGGGGCCCCAGAGGAGAGGGAAAAAGGCAGGGGUUGGGAGGGGGAAGAGAGUGAUGGAGGCUGUAAUUGCAACUGGGCUGGUCAGACCCCCAUCCCCACCCCACCCCCUCCUCUAGCUUAGAGCACCAGCCUGCUAUGGAGCCUUCUGGUUUUGGUGGCUAGCAGUUGUGUGCGUGAGUCCUGUGUGUCUGGAACAUGUCUCAGCAAAAGUGAAUACCAGGUGCCAGUGAGCAAACAAGGCUUGUAUUUUGCACAUUUUAUAAACACGAGUGAGAUAUCUGCUUGUAUAUUUCUAAAGAGAAACAGGCCCAUGGGGCCUCCUCACACCCUUCCCCUGUGCCCAACAGCCUCCUUUACCCCUGCCAAGGAGUGUGAAUUUCUAGCUCUAAUUUUCAUAGGCAAAACUGAAGCUUCCAGCUGUCAGGCGAAUAGUCGCCUGUGCGAUCGUGGUCCCAGAUGGGUGCGGAGUGGUAGGGCAGGGCCUUUGGUGGUGAUGUGAUCUCCCUUCCUGGUCCCACAGUCAGGUGAGCAAGUAAAGGGUUCUGUCCUAAGAGGCUCAGGACUGUUCCCCUGGGCUGUUCAGGCCUGCCCAUGCCCCACUCUGCUCCUGAGUGGGCCAGGAUAGCAGGGAUCCAAGGUAAUGCCUCCCGCCUCCAAGCUUAAGGCUGUGCACUUUCCACAUCUGAAGUCUUCCACGUUGCAGCUUUAACCCCACGUCUGCAUCAUGGCGAGGCCAGGCAGCUGAGUGGACCCAGGCAAGGAUCCUCCACCCUGCACCUUGACAUAGGUAGAGGGUGGGGGUGUCCCUGCACGGGGACAUUACUGUGCUAAAAAGCCACUGCAAACAUAGCAAUAAAGACAUGUCAUUUUCCAAAGUG